AAAUCAUGUGACUGAGCAGGAGGAAGAGGAUGGUGGCCGUUCUCCACAUUGUGUACCGUUCUGCUGCCGUGAUAAGAAGCCUCCUGUUAGCCCACAAGCGUGCAGAUUUUCACUCCAAAGGUGCUGAUUUGGGCAGACUGUUGGACCUUGAGACUCUGUAUCAGGGUGUUGAACGCAGUAUUAACCAGAGCCGACGAGCCCGCAGACAGCUGCCCGAACGAGCCUACUACAUUGAGGUUUUGCUGGGGGUGGAUGACUCCGUGGUGCAGUUUCACGGGCAGCAGAAUGUGGAGAAGUACCUCCUCACUCUUAUGAACAUCGUGAACGAGAUUUAUCAUGACCAUUCUCUCGGGGCACUAAUAAAUGUGGUGCUAGUUCGGAUCGUUUUGGUCGAUGCCAAAAAAUCUAUGAGCCUCAUUGAGCUGGGCAAUCCUUCUCAGAGUCUGGAGAAUGUGUGUCGCUGGGCUUUCGAACAGCAGAGGAAGGACACUAACGAUAAAGAUUACCAUGAUCACGCCAUCUUUCUCACUCGUCAAGAGUUUGGACCCACAGGGAUGCAGGGUUACGCUCCUGUCACAGGCAUGUGUCAUCCCGUACGGAGCUGCACUCUCAACCAUGAGGACGGUUUCUCGUCUGCUUUUGUCGUGGCACAUGAAACCGGACACGUGUUGGGGAUGGAGCAUGAUGGGCAGGGGAAUCGUUGUGGAGAUGAGGUACAGAUGGGGAGCAUCAUGGCCCCACUGGUGCAGGCUGCUUUCCACCGCUUCCACUGGUCCCGCUGCAGUCAACAGGAACUGGGCCGCUACCUGCAUUCGUAUGAUUGUCUCCGUGAUGACCCGAUCGAGCCCAAAUGGGAGGAGCUUCCGCACCUGCCCGGGAUGGAUUACUCCAUGCACGAACAGUGUCGCUUUGACUUUGGGGCCGGAUACAUGAUGUGCACAGCGUAUCGCCCCUUUGACCCUUGUAAGCAGCUUUGGUGUGCUCACCCAGACAACCCCUUCUUCUGCAAGACCAAAAAAGGUCCACCUAUUGAUGGAACAAAAUGCGAUGAUGGGAAGCACUGUUUUCAAGGCAACUGUAUGCAUCUAACUCCAGACAUCAUAAAACUGGACGGAAAUUGGGGGACGUGGAGUGAGUUUGGCGCCUGCUCUCGCCCCUGUGGAAGGGGACUACAGUUUCGCACCCGAGAUUGUGACAAUCCGCUUCCAGCUAACGGUGGACGUACUUGCUCCGGCCCAAGCUAUCAGUUCCAGAUGUGUAAUACACAUGAGUGUGAGGACCUGUACCAUGACUACAGAGCCGAGCAAUGUAGCAUGAUGGACAACAAGUUUGAGUACCAGAAUACCUGGCACCACUGGCUGCCUUAUGAACACUCGACCGUAACUAAGCAACGCUGCAAAUUGUACUGUCAAUCCAAAGAGACGCGAGCUGUAGUCAACAUGCAGACUCAGGUGGAACCUGGAACACGCUGCUCCUACAAAGAUCCCUACAGUGUGUGCGUGUACGGAGACUGUGAGAAAGUGGGCUGUGAUAAUGUGGUUGGAUCAGGUCUACAGGAAGAUAAGUGCGGUGUCUGCGGGGGAGACGGAACCAAGUGCAAGACUCACAAGUUUAACUUCACCUUUGUAGAGAAGAAAGGUGUCAUUAAAGUGCUUGAAGUUCCCAGAGGGGCAAGACAUCUCUUAAUUCAGGAACUUAAUGGAACUACUCACAUUUUAGCUGUCAGGAAUAAAGCGUCAGGUGAUUUCUUUCUCAACGCACGUGGAGACUACCCAGAGACACGCUCAGUUAUUGAGAAAGGUCUGGAAUGGGAGUAUGAAAAUAAAAACAACAAGGACACCAUUCAAACCAGCGGACCCUUGAAAAACGAUGUGGUUGUCAUGUUCCGAAUGCAUGGAUCGGCCAAGGUGAAGGUGUCGAUCAAAUACAUCACUGACAGUGACAGACUGAGCGACGGUGCCAAUGAGAAUAACAUGGUCCCUGAUAAUGCGGUGCCAUACUCCUGGGUGGUGAAGAGAUGGACACCUUGUUCCAAGACCUGUGGAGGAGGUAUUCAGAUGACGCGUUAUGGCUGCCGUAAAAACGCAGAGAUGAGGAUGGUCCAUCGCAGAUUUUGUGAGAAACUCAAGCAGCCUCCGCCCCUGUUUAGAGACUGUUACCAGAGAGAGUGUGCUCAGCCCAUCUGGGUGGCUGGAGAGUGGGGUGAAUGCAGUAAGUCUUGUGGGAAGACUGGCACUCAGACACGCUCUGUACGCUGCAUCCAGCCUCUUGUCGACGGCAAGAUCAAAUCUAUCCGCAGCCGUUAUUGCAGUGAUGAGCGCCCAGAGUCGCGCAGAGAGUGCAAUCGCAACCUGUGCCCUGCUGAGUGGAGGCUGGGCCCCUGGUCACAGUGCUCAGUGACAUGUGGUAAUGGUACGCAGGAGAGGCAGGUGCUUUGUCACACCCGUGACAACACCAUUGGACUGUGUCUGGACUCCAAACCAGCUGCAUUAAGACCCUGCAGAAUGGAUCCCUGCCCAAGGAGCACUUCCGACUUCAACAAGCACGGCAACUUCCUGAUACAGUGGUUGUCGCGUCACGACCCCAAAUACCCUGUGCAGAGGAUGUCAAAACGUUGUCACGGUGACCGUUCUGCAUUCUGUCGCAUGGAGGUGCUGCAGCAGUAUUGCUCCAUGCCGGGCUUCCAGCGCAUGUGCUGCAAGUCCUGCAAGGUUGGCAAUUCCACAAAGACCACUGUGACCUCAAGUAAGCCACCAUCUAAAUCAAAAGUCACCAAUACCCAAACUCCUACACGCACCACGUGGACCUCCACGGCAGCCUUUUUGUCGUCUACAGAAGGGAAAAGUGUCACAUCUGUGAGCACACCUUGGUUAUAUACAGCCUUGGCAACGUCAGCUCAUACUCACGGAUAUACAACAGCGCCCUUUUAUCUAUAUACUACAACUCCUAUCUAUAAGCACGCUACUUCACAACAGAGCACAUCCUUUGCCAUUACUACACCAUCUAGGAUCAUAUCUGCACCUGGAAAUGACAUGACCGAAUUACCUGUUAGCACUGUUUCUGCAGCAACAAGGAUUUCAUCUGCACCAAACAGCACCAAAUUACCUGUCAGCACUGUUUUCCCCAUCAUUUACAGUGAUCUGAAUGAAGAUACUCUCUAUCCCAGCACCACCGUCCAGUUUAUAGAGUUUGAUGAGAGUAGUGGUGCACCAGAUGUGGACAGCAGUGCGGUAUUGCAGUCAACAACAGUGAAUGGUGUGAAUGAAAGCGUAUUAACAACCUCAGUCAAUGUGGACACCAGCAUCCCAGUGACAUCUACAGCAGAGGUGUUAACAACCACUAAAGAACGUGCACCUCUGGUACCAACCUCUAUAACUACAACUUCCAGUACACCACUGUCCAGUACAACAGCAUCCGACACAGAGAAGACGAGCGGACGACCGAAUAAAGUGGAAGAAGCGAGUGAGAGCAAUGCUAUUGAUAUACUGUAUCAAAUAAUCCCAUUGGACAACGAGUUUCCUGUGAAUAACAUCAUCCCCAGGAGAGGUCGAGUGUUUCUGCGUGAGAAAACACGGAAUAAGCGCAUCCAAGAACUGCUUGAGGAGAAGCGAAACUUUUUAAGGAGGAUGAAAAGAGCACAGGGGAUUUGAACCCUGUCCAGUUUCUCUUAUAGAGAUACAGCUGCCAAAUUCAACUUUUGAAUCCAGAUUUCAUCUUGGUACUUGGGUCAAGAACUGGAAAAUGGCCAAAAUAUUGCAGUGAACUGAUGCUUUUCCCUCUUUUAAUGACAUGGCAAACUGAUCUUUGUGGGAAAAAAACCACUAGCAAGUGUUUGCACAGUUACUAUGAACCUCAACAAUGUCCCUUAGGAGCUUUCACUGAAGGAUCUUCUAAUUCAAAGUGAUUUAUCAUUUUAAAGGCUUAGUUCAGCUGAAAAUUUUAAUUCUGUCAUCAUUUAUUCAACCUCAUGUCUUUCCAAACCUGUAUGGCUUUCUUCCUG